GCUCUGUUUCAAACAAGCUCUAAGCUCUGCUGCCUAGUCAUCCCAUCCAAAAUGUCAACCACCGAAUCGAAUGCUUUUGUCCCGGUCUCACAAUGGCCUACUCUCGAAGAGCUUGCAGUGGGUUUUGCAGAGCAUUUAAUGCCAGCCUCGUCUGCCCUAGUAUGUGAGGUCGUCAACAUCAUUUUUGACGGCAAUAUUUCUAUCUCCCAUCAUUUUGCUACCGAGAGUUCUUUGAACUGGGAGGUCACCACGGGACCUCAAAAAGGAGUCAAAGGCAAAAAUGAUUACAAGGCCUUUGAGGUACGAUCUGGCAUCUUCUUCGUGGACUUUUACAAGCGAGAAUUCGAGGAACAUGUGAGCUUGGUCUGGAAUCGUUCAACUGGCCAGGUCAUUGCGGGGUUGUCGAAGCUCGAGGAAGUGGAAGGACAACGACGGACUACGACCGACUUCCUCCAGGGCCAUGUUACUACUUUUCCCCACGCCACACCGUUCCCCGAGACAGAUGAGCUCGUUGGUCGACACAUUUUGUACCGUUACUCGCCCAGAGAUGCGUACGAACACGUCUACCUGAAUAGUGGGACACUGACCUGGCAUUGUCUAUCCGGAACUGAAAAGGGACUGGCCGAUACCGAAUUCUGCAGAAUCUUCAAGCUCUGCGACCAGCUAUACCUGUUAUUCUGGACAGAGACUAUCAUGCCCGUUGAGUCUUUUGUCGUAGUCGACCUUCAAAAAAUGCGCUCUACUGGAAGGUUCUAUUGUUGGGACCCAAAGCCGCAACGGGUCGUACAGAUGCUUUUUGGCUCAUAUGCCACGCAUUUAGCAAAGAUUGACGCAGCUUCCGUGGUGGCAUCUUCUCUGCUGCCUCAAUCACAGACAAAUUCUGCAGUUACGGCCUGA